AUGGACUGUGUCGGAAUAUGCGGUUCAGACCUCAAGAUGUACUCCAUGGGGCGAUGUGGGUUGGAAAAGCUAUCUAAACCCAUUGUUAUGGGGCACGAGGGAGCUGGCGUCGUAGUUCAGGUUGGAAGUAAGGUUACCACCUUAGUAGCCGGCGACCGCGUGGCCAUCGAGCCGACUCAGCCCUGCCGUAGUUGUACGUUCUGCCGAAGCGGCAGAUACAACGUGUGUGAACAACCAAGAUACUGUUCAACUGACGGAGCACACGGCAACCUCAGCACCUACUAUAAACACGUAGCUGACUUCUGUCACAAGAUACCAGAGAAUGUGACUAUGGAGGAAGGUGCAGCCACCCAGCCACUAGCUAUUGCGGUGCAUGCGUGCUCACGAGCAGGAAUAAAACUAGGCAGUACAUUACUGAUCAUGGGCGCAGGCCCUGUGGGCCUAUUAUGUGCAAUCACUGCACGGGCUAUGGGCGUCGCUAAGAUAGUCAUGACUGAUACGGUCGCCGCUCGGAUCGAGACUGCCAAGCGGUUGGUUGCAGAUCAUACUUUGCUAAUUAAAUCGGAAUACAGCGAAGAAGACAUCGUAAAGCAUGUGACAGAGGCUCUGGGCGGCCCGCCUGAUGUUACGAUAGACGCGUGUGGACAUGUAACAGCGCAACGUGUCGCCUUGAUGGUAACAAAGACUGGCGGGGUUGUGUUGGUGGUCGGUAUCGGUGAGGAGCUGGUGUCUGUGCCGCUGAGUGCUGCUCUACUACGAGAGGUUGACGUCCGAGGGUCCUACAGGCUGCUUAACUCGUAUCCCAUGUCGCUGGCAGCAGUGUCCAAAGGCGUUAUCGAUUUGAAGUCUUUCAUCACGCAUCACUUUCCUAUGGAGAAAGCAAAGGAAGCACUGGAGUUCGCUAAGACCGGAGAACCCAUGAAACGCAAAAAGAACAAAGCAGAGUUUACUGCUGAAAACAUAAAUAACACUGCUCCUGUAAAAAAUAUUUUAGAAGAAUUGCAAGAUAGGAAUGCCCAAGCUUACAUGUAUUACUGUCAUAAUGUGAGGCAACGGUUAACUACGCCGAAGACACUACAAAACUACCACUUCGUAGUACCCGGCUAUCCAUUAAAUUCUUUUGACGAUGAUUGGGACGGAGACUUGAACUUUGACUACUUUGAACAUUUUUCGUACAAAAGCUUGUAUCCAAAAAUGAUCACAGAAUUAAAAAAUACAAGAAAAGCAGACCCAUUGACAAGUUUUAUGAAGGAUAAAAUGUCUUGGCAGAGAGAUUGUCGUAAUUUAAAACUAACUGCUGCUUUCACGAACAUGAAUCAAAAGUAUGAAGUUCUUAAUGAGGAGGUGGUACAAUGUCCCAAGCAUAUAGUAGACACCGCUGCCCACCUCGACAGUGAUCCCGACCCAAAUUUUGAUAGUUCAUACAACUGGUACUAUGCAGGCAAUGGUAACCUACAGCUUGUGUGCAUAGAUUGGAUUGAUUACUUACUACAUAGUGAAUUUUCUACUGUCUAUUUAACACAGUUGAAUAGAAAUGAUUUAAAUAUUAAGCCCAACAUAGAAGCAUGUUUUGACUGUGGUGAGGGGAAGAACAUUCUGGAAACUAUAUUUUCAUCACAAAAUAUUGCAGUUUUAAGGACAAAAUACAAGAUAUUUAUAUUAAGAUUAACACCUGGUGAUGAAAUAAAAUUUGAGAAAAUCAAAGGAAUCGAUUCUGAGAUCCCUUUCACAGGAAUUUCUUUGGACGCUUUUCAUAAAAACAUAUUGUAUAUAACUACUUUAGAUAGCAAAUUAUUUAUAGUAAAUUUAGAUAGAUUAAAAGCAAAGAUUAUGAAUUUGAUAGAUAAGCCAACCUUAGUAGAUAACUGGAAUACUGUAAUCGGUUCAGAGAGGGGAUUCUAUACACAUGUAGGACGGCAGAACAUAACGCUGUAUGACAAAAGAAGUCAUAAUACUGUCCAUGUAUGGAAAAAUGUAAGAAAUAUUACUGAUGAAAUGGCCUGCAAUGAUAUAAGUGUGGCCAAGCACUUAGAAGGCAGCUCGUCCCUAUACUUUGGUACAGAUCAUCAUUUGUUCUUAAUGGACUUGCGGUUCCAUGAACAAAACGCCAAAGUAGUACAGAGGUGGACACAUGGCAUGGAGUGUGUACCAACAUACUUAGCUAAUUGCAACUUCGAAUUCAAUAAAGAUCUGAUAUGUUUAAGUAGUCAAUGGUGUGAGGAUAUGUGUGUGGUGCCCAAUUAUAGUAACCGGAAUUCUAAAGACACGUUAAAUGGUGGUGUAUUUCUACCUUACCGGCCACCUAACAUAUUGAACACACUCAAUGAAGCCAGGCAGCGGCAGUUAUGUUACGAUCUUUACAAUCCUAUAGAUGGUAGACUCAGUACAUCCAUCACCGGGUUGCUGGUGAUGGAACGUGAUGACAGAUACAACAUUCUUAUGCAGAACUCACUCGGAGAUAUCUCUUGUCACUCAUUAUUUCAAGAACAUAUGGAAACGUUCAUAGAAGACGAUAGCAUGCAGUGUCUACACGACUGGGCCGCGAAAUAUAAAAUAGAGGGCAAAAAUUUCGAAGUCUCGUCUGUUCCGAAUAUAGCUAAUAUUUGGAAUAAAUUAAAAAGAGUGCCGAGUGACUACGAAAUCUGUGAAAAUGUGGCUGUUAGUGAAUUUGAUGAAAAGGAGAUUACAAAGGCGUUCGAUAAUGAGGAAAUUGAUAGCGGUUUGCGAGAAGCUUGGCUGAAGACUGAUGAGGAAGGUGGGGAACAGUCGUCACUGAUGCUGAACUUACACUUCUCUGAUGAUGACGAGGAAUAA